GAGAGAGAGAGAAAGAAAGAACAAAAAAAACAACCCAGCAAUCCCUCCCCCUCUACAACAUGUCGAUCGAGACGACGGCAACGAAUAGUCAGAGCUGUGGAUGGCGAUUUACUUUAAACUCACAUCCAUUCUGCAAGAAAUUACACCAACAACCCAACACCAGCAGCAAAGAGAAAACGAAUCAAGCGGUGCCGACCAUAUCGAAGGGACUCAUUGCCGUUCGCGAUGGCAGUUUGUAUGUGUGGGACUUUAAUUCUAAACAGCUUGUCCAUUUGAAUUUGCUGUUGCUGGCUUCUUCCACCACCACCAACAACAACAGCAACAAUAACUUGAACGGACGUAGUAAGAAGACCGAUUCGUCCGUUGAUGAACAAUUUAAUCAGUUCCAGGUCCUGGCACCAAGUUCUGAUAUUGGUUUCACAGUUGAACAGAUACUAUUUAACAAGACAGGACAAUAUUUGGCAAUAUGGGGUCAGGUCGGCAUAUCUAUCAUGCAAAUGCCACAGCAAAGUGGCAAAAAUGCAAUGUAUGGUGGAGGAAAGCACAACCUAGUGGUUCGUACUUUUCCAUUGGUUGAGCGACUGCUUGUGAGCCAUGCAGACAUCCGGCUUUUACAAGUAACCUGGCAUCCUGGCAGCUAUUACGAUGGACAUUUGGUGUUUCUUGCUCUGGACAAUAUACUCAGGAUCUGUGACAUAAAUGAACCAGACAAGAUAUUCCAGGAAAUCUCUCUCAGCUCCUCAAAUGUGUCUCCAUCCAUGCAUUAUUCUCUCUACUCUGUUGCCAUUGGUGAUGCGGCGGUCAGUUUUGACUUUGGUUCCAUAACCGAACUGCCUUGUAAAUCCCGGACAACCUCCAAGAAGACACGAUUAGUUUGGCCAAUCUACAUUCUCCGUGGAAGCGGAGAUGUCCUGCUCCUCUACAGUGACAUUACAUCCAAGUCAUCCAAGUUUUCAUUGUUGACCGGCCCCUUGUUGGUUCAUCCACCGGCUGAGGAUAAUUAUGGCACCGAUGCUUGUUCUAUCCUUUGUCUACAGACCACCCCUCCUGUUGUUGUUAUAGCGACCAAUGAAGGCAAGUUACAUCACUGUAUUGUCCUUAAUGAGAAGAGCGGAAAAUCUACCAUUCCGGACACAGCCAACUCUGAUGAUUCCAGUUCCUUGCUUGACCUCCCAGAAUGCAACAGCGCUCUCUCCACGGACCUCUAUGAUCAGAGUUGUCUGUAUGUCUACGAGAGCGUAGAACUGGAGUUGUCUCUUCAGAGCCACUCCUUGAGAAGAAAUAUUCCUAUUGAAGACGUCUUCACUUGCCCCAUUCAUCUUGUGAAAGAUGUAAGCUGUGAAGAGCGCUACCACUGUUUCCAUUCAGCAGGGAUUCAUUCUGUCUCUCUCCCCUGGCUCAUACAUUACGAAGAAUUCUGUAACAACAGUCUGUUCAAUGAAGAGAACAUCCCAAAUAUAUCUCAGUCGGAGAAAUGCCUUGUCGAACAUGUCCUGUGUACGAAACCGCUCAACUCCAGCCCACAGUUUCCGGUCCUCGGCCUUGGAACUACCACCAACCAUCUUCUUGGUAAAACAAUCAUUGUGCUCACCAGUGAGCUGGAGUUUCUCACCAUACCACUCAAUGAACGCUACAAACUGCCACUCAUUCUCAGCUGUUCCACCCAGAAUUCUUCCGAUGCCUUUGGAUCCCCACUCAAGGAACUGUCCAAAGAACCCUUUGAUCAUCAAUUGGCCAAAAUAUUACAGAGGACAGCAAGUACCCCACUCUUAAAAAGCGGGAAGAGUGCCGACAUUAGCCAGGAGGAAUGCUACAUGCUGUUGAUCCGAAGCACCAAAGUCUUCCGUGAACAAUACAUCCAGAAGCAGGAUCUGGCCAUUGAGGAAAUCAAACGAAGGAUGAAUAUUUUAACGGCCCAGAAAAGUUACCAAAUGUCGGAACUGAAGGAAAUGGCUAAGAGUCAGUCGACCCUGAAGGACUUCAGUCAAGCUCUGGCAGAGAAAUAUGAAUUGAGCAAAGAGAAACAGGACAGUCUUCUGAAGAGAUUAUCUGUGUUGGUCCGUAAGAUCCAGAGCCAUCUUCCCAUUCUGUCUGAUGCUGAGAGAGAUAUGAGGAAGGAACUGAAGAAUAUGGAAGUGGAACUGGAAUCGCUUCGCAAAGAAUUAAACAAAACAAAGAAAAAGAAGGAAUACCAAGAACAUCAACUGUCCCUCAGCAAAUCUGCUUGCCCUAAUACAGUACUCAGCAGCCAAAACUUGGUACAGAUUAAGGAUAUCCUGAAGGACCAAAAUGAUGACAUCAAUUCUUUGAUGAAGUCUGUGAAAGACUUGAAACUGGAGACCCUGAGCUGAGUUAAUGCAUGUUAGUGUGUCGAGAAGAGGGGGAAAGCGCCACCUCAUCUACAAAGACUCUAUAUUUCUCUCCAACGAUUCAUCACAAACAAAAAUGAAAUAUUUUUCCAAUAAAAGUUUUCCAUGUUUUUCAAAAUAA